AAAAUAGACAGAUAAGAGGCCAAAUAACCUUGACUAUCUUCGUACAUGUAGAUAAGAUUUAGUUGUUCCAUUGUCUUUGAAACACAACGUGUAAUAUGACUUUGGCGGCUUUGUUGGUUGUUGUUGCCCUGGGUUCUUAUGCCAACGGAUUCCUGUGGGGAUCAAAGGAAGUUUGUUUCCAUAGCGACGGUAUCGGCUGCUUCAGCAAUGCACGACCAUAUAACAACGCUAAAGGGUACUUACCCGAGUCGCCACAACAUAUACAGGUUGAGUUUCUGUUAUAUACGAGGAGCAACCGACAUACUCCCCAGAUUGUAACGAAACAAGCAUCGUCCAUCCACAGUUCUCAUUAUAGUGGAACCAAGAAGACAAAGUUCAUUAUUCAUGGCUACCAAGAUGAUGGUCGAGGACCAUGGCUCGGUAAAAUGGCAUCAGCUAUACUCACUAAGGAAGACGCCAACGUGUUUGCAGUCAACUGGGCCAAAGGAGCCGACAAUAUAAACUACAUACAGGCUGCAGCCAACACGCGCGUUGUUGGUGCGCUUAUUGCACAGUUUAUUACGUCUCUCCAUACCGCUGCGCAUGCUCCGUACAAAAACUUCCAUCUGAUUGGCCAUAGUCUAGGAUCGCACAUUUCCGGUUACGCCGGGGAGAGAAUACAUGGACUCGGUCGCAUUACUGGACUUGACCCCGCCGGACCAUUGUUUGAGAAGCAAGAUGCCAAAGUGCGGCUAGACCCGAGUGAUGCCCUGUUUGUUGAUGCAAUACACACUGAUGGAGAUUCUCUACUGGAAUUAGGUUUUGGGCUAGAGAAGGCUAUUGGCCAUGCAGACUACUACCCCAAUGGAGGAGAGAAACAGCCUGGCUGUACACAUGAAGUUGGAAAACAUCUGUUUAGUUUGAUCACAGGAAAAAUUGAAGGAUUUACUGACAGAGUUGCUUGUAGUCACAUGCGAGUGUUAGACCUGUUUACAGAGUCUAUAAACUCAAAUUGCCAUUUCCGGUCAUUUCCAUGUGCGAGCAAGAGUGAUUUUAAUGGCGGAAGAUGCACUUCCUGUGGGCAUGGUUGUGCUAAUAUGGGCUACAACGCGGACCAAGGGCAUCCGCAUGGUACAUUUUACCUCACAACAAGGGCAACUUCUCACUUCUGCGAACAAUAGCGUUGUAUUAAGCUUUUGCCUGUUAUUAAAACGUCUAAAUUGAACCAAUUAAAUCAAACUAAGUUGUU